AUGAUACUGUUUGUUGGUAAUAUAAUGGCUGGGGAACGUGAUGCUCGUGCGAAGGAGCGUGCAACCCUACGUAGGGACCAAGCCAUCGCUCGGAUUCGUCAGAUACAUGUAUUGGCUACAAGCUCAGCCACCGAUGAAGCUAGUCGAGCUCAAUUAGCUGUGGCUAUUGUUGACAUUGAUAGUUUGUGGGCCAACUUUAUUGUUGAGAAUAACAACCUUCUAGAAAUACUUUCCGAAUUGGAUUUGUUGGGGGAGUUUUCUGUGAAUGUAGAAAUUGAGACCCGUGCUUUGGUGGUAGAAGCUAAGGCCUUGUAUAAGGCAUCUCAACCAACUUCCGCCUUUAGCGUCGGUACGGUUCAACAAGUAUCGUACGAGGGUAUAGUUGACCAAGCAAGUUCUUCUGCUGAGGGGUCAUCUAAGGACUGCUCAGCUCCCUACACACCGAUGGCUGUGACACCUAUGAGGUUGCCUGAAAUCCCUCUACCGACUUUUGAUGGUGAAUGUCAGAAUUGGCCAGCCUUUAGGGACAUGUUCGGCAACAUGGUGGCCAACAACGAUAAGAUUCCAAAUGUUACCAAGUUCUAUUAUCUGGUAGGAUGUUUACAUUCUGAUCCGCAGGAAGUCAUAAAGGGAUUUUCGAUAUCGAAUGAGUCUUUUACUCUGGCUUGGGAUGCGUUGAUCGAACGUUACGAUAAACCACGCUCUGCUACCAAAAUGUUGACCCGACGAUCCUUAAAAUCGGAUAUCGCCUGGUACAAGGUCCUCAGGGUUGUUGUGGAGUAG